AUGAAAUCAUCCACUUUAGGCAUUGGACUUGGAUUAGACGCUUACUCGUCAAAGCCUUCCUACAAAGACAAAUUUUGCCCUCUUAAGGCUAAAGAAAUCAUUAAAGAAAUCGUGGAGCGACAGAUAGGUCCUGAAGAUAAAUAUCAAGGCCGCAAUAACACUAAUGUAAACCCAUUUCCUCUCGCUAUAGCAGAAGAAGUAAGAGCAGCCUUAAAAGAAGGACACGCAAACCGCUAUAAAAUCAUGGUGCAAGUUGUAGUAGGUGAAAAGCUUGGACAAGGCGUGAGAAUGGGAUCAAAAUGCUUUUGGGAUGAAGAAACUGACAAUGCGGCAUGGUUUUCAUAUUCGAAUGACUUUAUGUUUUGUGUGGUUUCUGUGUUUGCUUCUUAUCUUUACUAA